AUGCUCCUUCUGUUACCAUAUGAGUUGCAGAUGCAGAUUAUAGACCAUGCUUCUCCCAGAGAUUUACCUUCUCUAUCAUUAAGCUGUAAACAUCUUAGCGAAGCCUGUCGCGGACACCUCCGAGAACAUGACACGUACACGCGACGGCUAUCACAAGACUCUGGUUUCGCAACGCCCGCAAACGUUCGAUACCACAAAGCUGAUCAGGCGUUCAGCAUUGGUGCUCCACAGUUGUUGGUUGACAUCGCUCGAAGUCCCCGCCUGGCCCGGUAUGUAGAGGAGCUGGUACCCCACGAGUCGGACUUUCAGGACCGCCCAAAUAUACCCUGGGAACUUGGCCUCCAGUGGGCCAAACGGCUUCUUCAACAAUCACCUAUUCUCAUCGAGGAGGACGAAAUAUGCGAUUGGAUGCAUGCGGUGUCUAAUGGGGCUGGGGGAGCUACAUUAGGCCUGCUCCUCAGCCAGCUCACCGAGCUGAAGCGGAUGCAGUUAGAUGUAUGCGCGCAAGACCCAAUUACGCCCUAUGUCCCUCGGGCAGUGAGUAGACUAGCAGCAAGGUCACAGAAGGGACUCCUCGACCAGGCCUUGUCGGUAUUAGCGGAGGUGCGAAUUGAAUGCACGUCAUAUGAAGGUGAGGAUGAGGAUGAGUACGAGGAUGGAGGGAGUAGUGCAGGAAGUAGUCAGGACCAACGAGAGCAAAGGCCACAGGCAGUCCUGGCCGACGAUCAUUACCAGCAGAUCAUCCGCCUCUUGGCUGCGUUGGCUCGACUACCCGGUCUUCGGUAUCUGUCUGUGAUGGAUUAUUACUCACAGCCAGUGUGGCAGAAUGGCGGAAACACGAUCGCCGUUGAUUGGGACGAUGCUACGGACCCAGCCUAUCCUCUGCCGCUCCCAAAAUCAGAACUCGAGUCAAUGAUUGUCGAUCGUGGAAAUAUCUCCGGUCGAGCGUUGUCCCGAAUUAUUGAGGGAUGCUCUAACUUCAAGCAGUUCAAAUAUAUGGUCUUCCAUACACCAGAAGUAUUCGGGAUACGCUUCAACGGCGAGCUAUGCCAACCGCAUCUGCCGGACAUGACCGUGGAGGCGGUAUGCCUAGCUCUAUUAACGCACGCGAAGUCGACGUUACAACAUCUUCAUAUCGAAUUGAUGGAAUAUGGAUCAAUUUGCGGCUGUCGACAUGAGCCCUGUUGGGAUCUACAUAGUCCCUAUUUGUCUACUAACCCACACACGCCUCCCACGACGAACUGGAAGUGGAAUGAAUUCACCCAAUUGGAACGUCUUACCCUUGACAUCGAUUUAUUUAGCAAUCGUGAGGAUGGUGGGUGGCUGCCCUUCGCACAAACCCUCCCCGUCUCUAUUCAGGAUGUCGUGAUCCUCGCGUCUCGCUGUCCCCCUGAGGCGGAUCAGCGAGACUUUGAGAAUAUGUUUCGGGACUUUAAACCACAGGAGUUUCCAAGCCUCCGGUCUAUCAGCGCGUGGCAUCGGAACUCCUAUUAUGGCCUGGGCCACAAUGGAGCCCAGCACAUCUUGGCAGUCUAUUCACAAGCGCUUGACCGUGCGGGCAUCCCACCAAUGCAGACGAUGGAGUACAGCUUGGGGAGCGAGUAUUUCAGUCAGAGGCAGAAAGCUCAUCGACGCCAGUGGCAAAGGAUCCAGAUGAAUCAAUUUGGGAAGGAUGACUACUACCUAUAUGCGCUGCCGGAGAAGGAUCUAGUGGGAAAAGUAGUGUUUGGUGUGUAUCAUUCCAAGGGAGAUAUCCGAGCCAGAGAUGACGUCUAUAGCGGAGUCAUGAUUUGGAAAUCGUGGGACUAG